UAUAAACAAUCCAACAAUGGGUCGGGUACCAAAGAUGGAAUUGUCAUUUUAUUACUCUUAAACUUCUAAAUUUUUUGAAACUGCGCUGUAUUCAUAAUUCCACAAUUUGAGGAUGUUACGUUGACGAAUUUUGAAACACGCGACUUACUGUUUAGAACUUCAUGUUUUGUUUCUUCAUGUUUCUCAAUCGAUAGAUUUAGCAUUUUGACUUUGUCUUCAGACGUUCGGUUUGUCUUGAGCUCUUGUUUACAAACUACUUGGCUCAACUGAACCAUACACUGUGUUUUAAGUUGUCAUCUGAAUGUUCUGCGAUUUGGGGGAUUCCAGCUGCAGAUGUGAAUGUUUUAGUAUUAAAAGUUUGAAUUAACAUUUCUUAGAGUCUAAGUUAGUAACUUGGACACAAUUUCCCACCAGAAUGAUUUCAAUUUUGCAGAAGGGUUGGGACCUAUUCAUGCUUGUUUUGGGUUUUCCAGCACAGCGUGCUGUUUGUUUUCGACCUCAUGUUCUGCCAAUCGUGAUUGGGUUGUGUCUGGGUAUAACUAUUCACAUGAUGUUUGCGCCUUUCUUGGAAGAAGGUUGCACUCUACACUUACAGUCAGCAAAUGUAAAAUCUGCCUCCCAUGGGGAGUCACACAAAGCUCUUACAGGGAAUGAUGACUUUGAAGCAAGGAUUGUAAAGACUAUACCUAAUAUUACACACGUUGAUGCAAGUGCAGCUAGACCGAAAGUUGCUAGACCUCGUUUUAUUACAACUGAGCUUGGAAUAAGAGAAAAACUGUUUGUUGCUGUUUUUACCAGUGCUUACUCAAUCGAUAAAUUGGGAGUUGCUCUUGAUAAAACACUUACCAAUCAUGUGACAAAAGCAAUCUUCUUUACAAUUGAAAAACCAAAAGUCAUACCGACAGGAUUACCAACAGUUGCCUUCAGUGACAGUCAUAAUGAAAUGCUGCCACUGCAUGUCUUAAAAUACAUCAAAGAACAUUAUGCUGAAAAUUAUGACUUUUACCUUUUCCUGUCAGACAGAACCUAUUUGCGAGCGGACAAGUAUAUAAACCUGGUUGAGCAUAUUAGCGUGAGAGAUGACGUUUACAUGGGAGUACCAGCAAUGGAAAGAAAGUUUUGUUCACUUGAAGGAGGUGUGUUGCUAUCACAGUCUGUGAUAUCCCAGGUUCUCUCGCGCGUAGACUCAUGCCUUGGAGACGUUCACCCAGACAACCCCAGUGUCACCCUGGGAAGAUGUGUACACCAGACUACCCAGAGAAACUGUGCACAAAAAGGAGGGGAUCAAUCACUGGCCUAUUUCCACCUGGAGGAUUUUGACUAUGAUGCUGACAUAGACCGUCUCCGUGAUGACCCAGCAUUCAACGCCUCCCUCACUUUCUAUCCAAUGCCUGAUGACAUCGCACACUACAAACUGCACAGAUACAUGUGCUAUGUGGAUCUCAAUGAGACCCGGUCAGCAAUACAGACCCUGGAGAGGGACAUUGUCCAGCUGAGUGGACAGUCACCAGGGGGGCGUGGCAGUCUCACCUGGCCACUGGGGGUGCAGCCAUCCUACAAGCCAUUGAACCGUUUCUCCGUGCUGCAGUGGACCUACUUCACUGAGACCCAUCUCUACCUGGACAAUGAGCUCACCAACAUCAAGGAAAUCACAGGUGCUGACAGAUUGGAUAUCGCAGAUAUCAAAAAGUUCACCAUGGACAGCUUGAGUGAGAAAUACUAUUCACGAUAUGAGCUCCAGCGAAUACUCAACGGGUACCGUCGCUUUGACCCGACCAGGGGUAUGGAAUACGUGCUGGAUUUACAGCUGACAGACAGAAAUCAUCAGAAUGCAGAAACUGUGAAACGAGUUCUCAUCAUUCGACCACUCGGGAAAGUUGAGCUUGUCCCUAUGCCGUAUGUGACAGAAAAUAUGAUGGUGAAUGUAAUACUUCCCUUGCUCCCUGAUGAAGUGGGACUGUUUGGUGUUUUCAUAGAUUCAUAUGCUAGGUCAUGUCUACAGAACAAAGAAGACGUGAGGCUUAUCAUAGCGUUGCUGUACCCAAAUUUAGCAGCUGGUGAAACCCGCACAAAGGACCUGUUUGGUCGUCCCAAGGCACUUGUCAGUGAUUUCAGCAAGAAGUUUGAUACGCAGGGUAAAUUGACAUGGAAAGCUUUGGAAAACGUUGUGUCCGAUAUUGAUGUCAUGGACUCGUUGCUCCCUGAAUUCAAAACGGAUUCUCUGAUUCUUAUGACCACUGUUAACAUGGAGAUGUCCACUGAAAUCACCAAUUCCUACUUUAAUCGUGUUCGAAUGAAUACAAUCAAGGGAAUGCAGGUGUUUUUCCCUAUGGGGUUUUGGCAACACAAGCCUAAUCUUAUUUACAAUAAGAAACCAUUGCCGUCUUCAGUGGAGGUCGGUCAAAAGCUAGGUGUAUUCAGUCCAAGAUCAACGCAACAUGCAAGUUUCUAUAUGUCUGAUUACCAAACAGUAAGAAAGCUGUUGCUGCCCUCAGGAUCAAAAUCAGGGGACAUUUUCAAUAUGUUUCUCAACUACAAGAACAUCCAUGUUUUCCGAGCUGUUGAGCCAAAUCUGAAACUGAAAUGGAUGAACUUGACCUGUGACCCCAGAGUCACAACCCAAAAAUACCAACAAUGCAUCACACGGAACUUGGAAGGUCUUGCGAGUCAACAUCACUUGGCCCUGCUGAUCUUUAACCAAACGGAUAUCUCAAAAUCGAGGUUGAUGGCCGUUCAAGGGUCGAAGUCACUGGAUCGGGGUCGAGCGGAGUCACUGCAAGGUGACCUCCCUGGUGGCCUCAGUUUACCCCUACAAUCUUUAAACCAGGCUAAUAUGGACCCUGAACCAGCUGACCCAGUGGCUGAGGAUAUGUUACUUGUUGACAUUAAGAAAAGAAGUUAAUUAUUCCUAUUCAAGGCAAAAAUAUGUAGUUACAAAAAGGUGUGAUUGUUUAAUUUAAUGCUCUCAAUGCUAUGCAUUUUUGUUACUCCCAGUUUUUGUGUUCAGUGUCUUUUUGAACAUUCCUUUUCACAGACCUGUAACUGUGACCAGCUUUUCAGCAGGCCUAUGCCCCUGUUUGUACUUAAAAGAGUCUUGCUUAGGUUUUGCAUGCAAGACGAAAUGUAAGUAAAGGUUUGUGUGCAACAAGUAUAUUUCUCAGUAACUACUUCAGUUAUUACAUUGAAACAUCACACAUGUUUUGGGGACGAUCAUGUGAGGUCACAGGCUUAGGCUUAUAACUCUGAAGUACAUUUGAGGAUUAUUCUCCUUUUUUAACUUCAACAAUAUAGGUAUACGUUUGCAUGCAACAACUCUCAUCUCUAUCUGACAUGAGAACAUCUCAUGGAAUUUGAUUUGGAGCCAUUUGAGUCAGUCAAAUUCAUUGUUGCUUGCAAUGUAUACAAAGUUUGCUUUUAAGAAUUUAAGUUAGGUUGAAGAUAUGUGUCUUGUUCUGAGAAAACUGGGCAUAAUGCAUGUGCGUAAAGUGUCGUCCCAGAUUAGCCUGUGCAGUCAACACAGGCUAAUCAGGGACGACACUUUCCGCCUAAACUUGAUUUUCGGUAAGGAGGGACUUUGUUGAAACUAUAAAUACCAUAAAAGCGGAAAGUGUUGUCCCUGAUUAGCCUGUGUCGACUGCAAAGGCUAAUCUGGGACGACCCUUUACGCACAUGCAUUAAGCCCAGUUUUUUCAGAACAAGACACAUAUUGUGGUGAAAUGCUGUGCAUAGAUAGCUCAUACACUGAUCUAGCGAAGGAUUGCAUUCCGGGUCAGUAGGAUCAAUGCCACUGUACCCAAAAAAUAGAAAAAACAGUUUCCACUCAACUUGAGUUUAGAUAGAGGUUUUGUGCUUUAAUUUUGUUUGUGGGAAUCUCAUGUUCCGUCUUAGUUUGAGAUUGCAUUUUUAGCCAGUCAAGGUCACUGCUCCUAAAAAUAGAAAAAUGGUGUCCUUUCAAUAACUGCUUUCUGGGGGAAGAUAUUGGCUGAAAUUUUAUGUGAAGGUAGCUUAUUAACAGUCCUUGUUUAUAAUGUUAAUUAAAUGCAGCAACAUUAGUUGGGCAAAAUAUUUAAUGUUAUAUACAGUAUACUAUAUAACUACUACAGAUAUUCAAUUCCAAAUGUGUCUUUGUGGUCAUAAUAUAAGAUGACUGACAGAAAACAAACAUCCAAAAGGGAAGAAACGUCACGCAUGCUGUCUUUGAACAGUUCUUAUUUUUGUGGUGCUAUCGAUCUUAGUUUGUGUUUGUUUAUAUAUUGAAUCUUCCAUUUUGAAUCUGAUGGUCUGUUUGUGGAAUUGCAACCAAUAGCUGGGGAACACACCCGUCUGAUUACUUUUGUUCUCAUUCAUUUAUAGCAAGUUCAGUUCAAGACUGAGCCACACAAAUUGUAAUGGAAUUGGUCAUGAACUUAUGUUUGUGGCCAUUCUCCCCCUACCUAUGAUUUAAGCAGGGCAGUUGUCAAUUACUGGCAUAAGUAUGUGCACUUAGUACUGGACAACAAGCUAGCCCAGCUGAACUGACCAUUAUUAAAACCCUUUCGCAGGGGUUCCACUGGCCCAAAAAUAGUUGUCGCCACUUUUUCGCGGCGCGAAAACUGUCAGUUAUUCAGAGUCUUAAUUCGCUUUAUUUAUACAUAAAAACAUUGGUUUGCACAUGAUUGCACAUAUAACCAAUUUUAUCUAAUAAUGUUAACAUCAAUGGAACAGUAUGCUGCAUACAUUUUUUAUAAAAAUUUAUUUAAACAUACAAUCACACAAAUGUACAUCAUCUGGAAGGGAAAAAAUUCAAACAUCAGUAAAUAAAGCCUCUCAAUUUAAUUGUUUACAGUUACAUUUCAGAAAAUAAAACAUGUAUAUUUAAUUGUUUAACAGUUACAUUUGGUCAUUUGGCUAAUAAGAUGCACAUAAACUGAAAGGGAAAAAAAUGAUACACAUCUGAACGACAAACAUCUCAAUUUAAAUUAACAGUAAUUUGUACACACAUUUCCACACAUGGUUAAAGAUUUUGAACACUCAAUGAUUUAAAAUUCUUCUGUAUGCCCCAGCCCAUUUCUUAAAUGCCUGGUCAAGAGGGAAGUCCUGAGCUGCUCUGCUAGCAAGAGAUAUCCUCAUUAACUUGUCAAGGGUCGAAACUGACAACUUACUUCUCAGGCAUGUCUUGAUGAUGUGCUUGCUGAAGCCUCUCUCACAAUCGACCGUGGACACUGGGGCUAAUAAAAACCCACCGACCGCUUCUGCUUCUUCAUGGCUAUGUUGGCUGCAUCUCUUGACCCCCUAAUGGUUCGAUUACCAGAGUCUACUAGAGAGUGCAGGUAGCCAAGAAACAAGGAUAGGUCUUCCCUGCAACUCUCAAAACCUAAACUACAUAGGUAUUCAGCUGCUACCUCAACAUCACUUACCUUGUCAUCCUUCCUGACUGUGGGGUUGAAGAUGUUGCUCAGGGCAGUCAGUAUAGCUGCAUCAUCGUUGUCUACAAACCUGUCAUGUAUAGUCCCGAUCAUGGCUGCUGAAAAAGACUUGGCUAUACUUACUGCCUCUUUGCGUUGUUUCCCACUCAGAGGCCAAGUGAAAAUGGCAAUGUGCAAACAGCAUAAAACCAGAACAGCCUGCGAGUAAUUCGCAGUCUGUUCAGGUUUUAUUCUGUUUGCUACUCAUCAGUAUCUAAGGGUUGGAAAUGAAGCCUUUAAAAUUUAAAUCUAGUAAGAACGUUCUUUAAUUAAAUUUGACUUUCUGAGGGACUACAAAUGUGUGAAAACACGUAUCUAAGUGGUAAUUGGUUAAAGGACUGAAAUGCUGUUGAAAAUGGUGAAACAUCUAACAAACAAAUGUUAUGAGGUUUGAUAAAAAUUAUUUCUUAUGAAAUCCAUGAAUAUGCAAUAACCUAAGAAAACGUACAGUUUUAAACAACAACAUCUCAUAGUAUAUAUGUCUUAAUCUAGUAUUAUAUGUAGACAUAUACAUAUGAUGAUGAGAAAAACAAACAUGUACCAUCAGUGUCUAUAAAAGAUUAUGUGUAGGUACAUAAUAUACAUAUUAACCAUUCUUGCCUAUCAGUAUUAGGAUUGCAUCAUGUAUUAUGUACAAAAAAUGCAUGGACAGACUAUGAGCUAAUUUUGGUAGCAUAAACCUUUUGCAUGUUUUUAACCAGGUUUUCCGAAGGAAAAAACUGGUUAUUAGAUUGGCAAAUGCGGGCGGGCUGGCUGGCUGGCUGGCGGGCUGGCUGGCGGGCGGGCGGAACAAGCUUGUCCGGGCCAUAACUAUGUCGUUCAUUGUCAGAUUUUAAAAUCAUUUGGCACAUUUGUUCACCAUCAUUGGACGGUGUGUCGCGCGAAAUAAUUACGUCGAUAUCUCCAAGUUCAAGGUCACACUUUGAGUUCAAAGGUCAAAAAUGGCCAUAAAAGAGCUUGUCCUGGCCAUAACUAUGUCAUUCAUUGUGAGAUUUUAAAAUCAUUUGGCACAUUUGUUCACCAUCAUGGGACGGUGUGUCGCACGAAAGAAUCACGUCAAUAUCUCCAAUGUCAAGGUCGCCACGACUAAAAAUAGAUUUAAAAGAAAAAAAAAUUACAAAGGGGGUUAAUUUUGUUUGUUCAUUUCAAAAGUUCAGUUUGAGUUUUCUCCCUUUAUCAGAUUUUUUUUUCACAAUGAAAACCUGGUUUUGUGACAAUUUUGUCCCUUGUUUAUCUCUGUGAGUCUGUUUGUUUGUCACUUGGUCCCGAAUCUUGUAUUUUAAAGACCUCUUCAACUUCUGGAUUGAUCUUGCUAAAACAUUCAAAGUUAAAUGACCUUUAUGUAUAGAUGCAGAUCUUCAAUAAAGGAUUUUGUAAGCAAUGAUUUUUAGCACAGUUAUGGGCUUUUGUAUUUUUUACAUAGAAUAUAUAGUUGCCUUAAGCUUCAAUUACUGGAUGCAUGGUGCUAAAACUUUCAAAGUUCAAUGAAGUUCAUGUGUAGAUGAUUGUAAAGAAAGGAAAUGGUGGUUGCAAACAGUUAGGCAGAAUUAUGGCUUUUUGUACAUUUUUCUACUAUGGAAUAUAAAAUAGUCCCAAAAUUUCGUCUUUUCAAGUUGUUUAAUUACUUGUUGGAUCUCGCUCAAACAUUUACCUUUGAAUGUGUAGAUGAUAAUAAAGAAAUAAUUUUGACUGUAACCAGUUUUGGCCUUAUUGUAUAUUUUUCCUGUAGAACAUUAAAGUUGAUUUGUUUGUGUACAGGAUGUGUUAGCAUCAGUGAAGCAUCAGUGUCUGUAACACAUUCCUAGUUGUACAAGUUAAGCUGCAAAUGUAUUCAACAAACACUGUAAGGGCAUUUUGUUAUUCACAAAUCUUAACAUGCCAUAAUUUGUGUUUCUCUGAUUUCCUAUAGAUCACCACAAUUUGUGUUUCUCUGAUUUCCUAUAGAUCACCACAAUUUGUGUUUCUCUGAUUUCCUAUAGAUCACCACAAUUUGUGUUUCUCUGAUUUCCUAUAGAUCACCACAACUUGUGUUUCUCUGAUUUCCUAUAGAUCAAUUGUAGUCGUGCUCUGGGAAAGCCAGGCUUAAUACAUACCGGUAAGCAUAAAAGUAUUGUCCAAGAUUAGCUUGUGCAGUUUGAUAGGCUGAGCAGUGACAACACUUUCCGCUAUUAUGGAAUUAUUUGUAGAAAAUAGUUGUCACAUGCAUGAAACUUGGUUUUUCCAGUGGCUCAUGUAUUUUCUCAUUUGCUUAACAGUUACUGUGGCAUUAAAAUAAAAGUUUAACAGAACUUUACAUGACAUUUAUGUUUGAAUGGAUCUCCGUGGUAGCAAUAAGCACAAGCCCCAAUACAUUUUAUUGACAUUUUGCCCGAAUGUAAUAAACAUUUUUUUUAGGACAGGUUAAUAAAGAUAUUUUUCAAAAUCAGACCAUGACUGGUAUUUAAUGGCAAUAUGUUAAUUAGUGAAUAUAUGGAUUUGCCUAAUCAUGAAGUUGUACAAAUGUGUUUUUGUAAUCAUUUUAUUUUGAAUAGGGAAUGCAAUAUUUUUCUGUAUAGCUUGAAAAGCAUCUUGUUGAACAAGAUGUUAAUUAAAUACUUAUUCCCCAUACUUCAUCAAGGAGGGGCAUAUAGAUUGACCUAAUUCUGUCCAUCCCUUUCCCUUGUCCAUAAUUAUGUCCAUCCCUUGCCCUUGUCCAUAAUUAUGUUCAUCCCUUGCCCUUGUCAAUCCAUUGCCCUUGUCCAUAUUUAUGUUCAUCCCUUGCCCCUGUCAAUCCCUUGACCUUGUCCAUUAGUCUGUCCAUCCUUUGCCCUUUUCCAUAAUUCUAUAAUAAGGGAUAACUAAGCAAACAUCAACUUACAUGUGAACUUGUGCUCCUCCAUAUUUAGGUUUGGAUAUUUUUGACAUUACAAGAGUUACGGACCCUUUUAAGCAGAUUUUUGUCUCUCUUGUGUAACUUACAAAGAAUAGCCACUAAUGGCUGAAACUUUACAAACACAUUAAACAGCAAUUAACUUGCACUGCUCUUGAUUAAGGUUCACAAGUUUUUGACAGAACUUAAGUUUUGGCCCAAUGUUUGUAUGAAAGUUUCCUUUUUUUUCAUUUGUGUUGCAUGUUACUUAAAAAGUAUUGAUGCUAGAGGGCUGAAACAUGUUAUUUUUCAUGUAAACUGGUUUGCCUCCAUACUUUGCUUUGGAUUUUUUUGUCAAAAUUGGAGUUGUGGCCCCAUUUAAUGCAAAAAAAUAAGUUUGUUAAUUUGUGUUGCCCAUAACUCUAAAAAUGUUGCUGCUAAAUAGCUGAAACUUUACAAGCAUCUUAACCCAUCAUUUGAAGUUGCACACCUUCAUUCUUUUAUUAGGUUAUAUUUUACACAAACCUAAGUAUGCAGUUUUAUUUCACAAUAAACAUACUUUCUUAUUUGUGUAUAUAACAUCAAACCUAAAAGUACAUGUAUAUAAGAACAAAUCUUUUCAUAAUUAAUGUCAUUUCACAUGGUGUAAAUAUGUACAAGGCAAACAUAAAAAAUUACCCAAUGGUAUUAUUCUACGUUUCUGGUCACUGACAAAUAUUAAUGUUUAAAAAAAUAAUAUUUUUUUAACAAAAUUGAUUUAUGCUUGAAUUUGUAUAAUAAUGCUUGUCAAAAUGAUAGACAAUCUCAAUUUGUUUUUGCCAGCAGGGUGCUUUAGCUGAAUUAUAUUUUAUUUAAAUAAUUGUUGUUUAUUGUAUGGUUGUUUGUCCCUUUUCAGUGUGUUCUUAUUAGUCUUCCAUUAACACAUAACAUAAGCAAAUUGAACAAUUGACAGACUUAAAAGUCCGAAUAUACUUCAUUUUGUAGACUCUGUUUAACCUGUUGGUAGUUUAAAACACAUUUACCUUCCUGUUACAGUGAUCUCAAGUGCAAUACUAAUAGUUGACAAAGCUAAAGGUACAUAUCAGUAUGUUACAUGUAACUUGGGUAAAAUUAAGUCUGAACAUCUUUAAUUAAGCUUAUGAAGAUUAUCGUGCAAUUUGCAUUUGUAAAGAAUUUUAUCAAUAAUAGAAUUUAUAGUGCAUUCCUAAUUUAAUAACAUACAUGUAGUGUCAAAUAACGAUGUCUUAAAUAUUGUUUAUGCAGGUUGUAAGCUUGUUGAUCAAUUACAUGGUUUUGCAUUUUUAUGAACUUUAAGAGAAAUUAUAAGUCUGUGUUGUAUAUUGUGUGGUUGAUGAAUAUAAAUAUUUUGUUUUUUGCUGUAUUGAAAAGCUUUCAAAAAUAAUAAAGGUGCUUUUUUGUAUUGAA